AUGACUGAUCAGUUGGAAGCUUCGAUCAAGAACAUUUUGGAACAGAAAACGCUCAAAUGGAUCUUUGUUGGGGGAAAAGGAGGAGUCGGAAAGACGACGUGCAGUUGUUCUCUGGCUGCGCAACUCUCGAGCGUCCGCGAAAGAGUUCUGCUCAUUUCGACUGAUCCCGCCCACAAUAUAUCCGAUGCUCUUUGCCAAAAGUUCACGAAAACACCGACGCUCGUCAAUGGAUUCCAGAAUCUGUUCGCAAUGGAAAUAGACUCAAAUCCGAACGGAGAAGGCUUCGAGAUGGCGAAUGUGGAGGAAAUGCUUCAGAAUGCGGCACAGAACUCUGACGGCGGAAACAACGGAUUCGCAAUGGGAAAGGACUUCCUGCAGAGCUUCGCAGGAGGACUUCCUGGGAUAGACGAAGCAAUGAGCUUCGGGGAAAUGAUUAAGUAAGAAAGAAAAGAACACGAGAGUGCACUUCUACUUCAACCAUUUUCAGAUUGAUCGAUUCUCUUGAUUUUGACGUCGUCGUCUUCGACACUGCUCCGACCGGUCACACUCUCCGCCUUCUGCAAUUUCCAACGCUCCUGGAGAAGGUGUUCGCGAAGAUUCUCUCGUUGCAAGGGAUGUUCGGACCGAUGAUCAAUCAGUUCGGAGGAAUGUUUGGAAUGGGCGGAGGAUCGAUGAACGAGAUGCUCGAGAAGAUGACACAGACACUGGAACAGGUCAAGAAAAUGAAUGCGCAGUUCAAGGAUCCGAACUGUACGACGUUCGUCUGCGUGUGCAUCGCCGAGUUUUUGUCGCUCUACGAGACGGAGAGACUGAUACAGGAGCUGACAAAGCAGGGAAUAGACACGCACAACAUAAUCGUCAAUCAGCUGCUUUUCCCCGAUAAAGAUGCGAGCGGGCACGUGGCAUGCCGGAAGUGCGCGUCGAGACAGGCAAUUCAGGCCAAGUACCUCGCGGAGGUAACCCAAUUUCGACGUUUUCUCGCUUAUGGGGUUUUUAAUUUUCAGAUCGACGAACUAUACGAAGAUUUCCACGUGGUGAAACUGCCUCUCCUGGAGAGCGAAGUGCGAGGCGGACCGGAAAUCCUUAAAUUCAGCGAGCGGAUGGUCGAUCCGAAGGCCAACGUACAAAACUAA